CCAAAAAAAAUUCCCUCUAUAAUAACAAGUUCCCAAAACACCAAAACAUCUCCUCCUUUCUCUCACACUCACUCACUCUUCUCAUCACAAAAAAUUCACACACACACACACAAUGGCUUCCACCAUUAAAAAAGUGAAUAUGAUUACUCAAAUUGUACGUCUCAAACAAGUUGUUAAGCGAUGGAAACACAAAUCCCUUAAGCGCCGUGGCGUUUUAUCCUAUUCCUCAUCCGAUUCAGAUGAACCGGUUUUAUCCGGUUCGAACCGCCGCCGUCGCACACCUUCAGGAUCUUUAGCGGUUUACGUCGGUCCAGAACGAACCCGGUUCGUUAUACCAACCCGGUUCUUGAACCUCCCUGUAUUUAUAUCUCUACUUGAUAAAGCAGAGGAGGAGUUUGGGUAUCAAAGAACCGGAGGUUUAGUUUUGCCUUGUGAAGUGGACUACUUCUCGGAGAUAUUAAGGUUAUUGAACCGGGAUGAAGACCGGUUCGGUCAUUUGGGUUUAGAUGAGAUGAUGAAUGGCUUAGAUCAGUCUUGUAAAGAAGCUGCUUCACAAGGAUUUGCUCCUCUUUUGCAUAAUGCUAGAGUUUAAACCGGUUUUUUUAAAAACCCGGUUCGGUUCGGUCGAUCAGUCUUGUAAAGAAGAUGCUUUCACAAGGAUUUUCUCCUCUUUUGCAUAAUGCUAGAGUUUAAACCGGUUUUUUUAAAAACCCGGUUCGGUUCGGUCGAUCAGUCUUGUAAAGAAGAUGCUUUCACAAGGAUUUUCUCCUCUUUUGCAUAAUGCUAGGGUUUAAACUGGGUUUUUUAAAACCCGGUUCGGUUCGAUUCGGUUCAAUCCGGUUCGGUUCACUUGUUUGAAAGAGGAAGAUUUAGGGUUAGGUUUUUUUUUUUUUGAAAUUUUAAAACCAUCCUAGAACUCAGAAUUUAAUUUUCUGAAGGUUUGCUGGGUUCCAAUGAGAUGUGGGUAAAUUUUUAAUUUUUUUUUUAAGGUUGUUAAUUAAUUAGUGGUAUUUUCCCCAGACAAAUUAAAUGUAUUUAUUUGUUCUGGUGGUGGUGACAGAGUCAGAAAGAGGUUGAUGAUUAUUAUUGUUAAUUAAGAGGAGGAAGUGAAGAGAAAAAAAAUAGUUUUAGAGUAAUUAAUGUAAUUUUUAUAUUUUGACUAUGGAAUUUCAGAAAUUUUGGUGUUAUUUUUUUGGUUGAA